AACAAAAAUUCAGCUCCCGCUCUUCUGCUGUUCUAAGAAAAUUCACUUGGUGACCACAACUUCCUCUGAAGCAGUUCAAUUUAAAGAGCAGCCUCUACAGUCGCACCAUCACCAUCCUGCAACUUCAUUGCCUUCUCAGGAGUGUCGACCAUGCUGGCAGCUUUAACCCUGGCCUCCCUGAGCCUCUUGGCGUGGACGUCAGACCUCUGCCCUCCAACCUGUCAGUGUCUGCACAACCUGACCUCCAUUGCAUGUCAGGAGAAGGGACUGGCCCUGAUCCCUGAGCUGCCAGGGGGCACAGAGGAGCUGUAUGUCUCAUACAACGAGAUACAGGAAAUACCCUGUGGUGGGCUGGAGAAGCUGCAGGUGUUGGACCUGACUAAGAAUCGGCUGAAUGUCUUCCUCUCCCAUAACCCAGUUUGGCCUAAUAUGACAAAGCUGUCCAAGCUUUUCCUGCGUGACAAUGGCCUGAAGUCCCUUCGCCCUGGUCAGUUCCAAAAGUGCACGGCUCUCACCUUACUGGACCUGAGCGAGAACCUGCUCGAAUACCUACCAAACGGAUUCCUCCUUGGAUUAGCUAAUCUGAAGAUGCUGUUCCUGAACUUUAACCAGAUUCGAAUGUUGCAGGUUGGUGGAUUGGAAGGGGCCCUCGCCCUUGCUGUCCUCCACAUGAGCCAUAAUAAUAUAACGCGGAUAGAGGAAGGUGUUUUCAACAACUCCACUGCAUUAGAGAAACUCGUCCUGUCCCAUAACAGAAUCAGAAGCGUGGCCGAGAACAGUUUCAGAGGGACGACAAGUCUCCAACGCCUGGACUUCAGCAGUAACCUGCUGGUCAGUGUUCCAGCUGAGGCAUUGAGUGACGUAAAGUGGCUCACGUCUUUGCAUCUGCAGAUGAACGGCAUCAGCAGCCUUCCAGAGGACUGCUUCUCUUCACUGAGCCUGCUGGUUGAUCUGAGCUUGAGCAACAACCAGCUGACCACAGUGUUUGAGGGAUCACUGAGAGGUCUGACCAUGCUGCAUGAGCUGGACCUCAGUGUCAACCUCAUAGAUUCUCUCCCCUCAACAGUCUUCAACGACCUGAUCAACCUUGAACUACUGGAUUUGUACAGGAACAGCCUGACAUAUCUUCCUCUGGACAUAUUCAGGAACUUGACCAACCUGCAACACCUGCAGCUGGACAGCAAUGGGAUCUCCGCCCUGCAGGAUGGGGUCUUUGAUUCGCUGCCGAGACUCAAAGAGUUACAUUUGUCGUACAACCGCAUCUCCAACCUGCACCCUGCUCUGUUCACCAAGCUCGGGUCCCUGCAGAACCUGUACCUGGAGCACAACACGCUGCAGCACCUUCCCAGAGGACUUUUCUCCAGGAUGGAUGACCUCAGGGAGAUAGACCUCACCCACAACCUCAUCAGCUCUCUGCAUCCCGCUGUCUUCCACGGUUUGGCGAGAGUGCAUUCGCUGAGGCUCUCUCAUAACCGUCUCUCCUCCUUACACCCGGACCAGUUCCGAGACCUCGAAGGAUUAAAAGCUCUAGAGCUGCGUGGAAACCAUAUAGGCAAACUUCCCACGAGCCUGUUCGUGAACCUGGCAAAUCUCACAACGCUGGAUCUGGACAACAAUUGUCUCUCAGAGCUGUCUCCUGAUGACUUUGUGGGGUUAACCCGCCUUAAAGAGCUCAGGUUGAACUUCAAUCAGCUCCGUGACAUCCCUUCCAACGCCUUCCAUCGCCUCCACAACCUCCGCAAGCUGCUGCUGAAGAACAACGGCCUGGUUAGUUUGCACCCUCAGCUCUUCGCUUCGAGGCAACCUUCAAAGCUAACCGAGCUCAACUUGGAUGGGAACGAGCUGGACCGUCUGCAGCCUGACGUCUUUCGAGGGCUUACGAACCUCCAGAAAUUGAGUUUGAAGUGGAACCAGCUCCGAGCGGUGGAGAGCGGGGCUUUUGAGCCUUUGGGGAAGCUCAACAGUGUCUAUCUGUCAGGUAAUCUGUGGAACUGCACCUGUGCGUGUGUUCGCUAUGUCAGCUGCUGGCUCAACGUGCACAGAGACAAGCUGGGAGAUCAGCCUGUCUGCUACUUCUCCUCUUCAUCCCCCUCACCCCUCACUGAGGAGACGGCGCUCUCGCACACAGCAAUGCCUCCCUUGUCGUUACAAGACUACUGCACUGCAAACGAUGCAAGCAGCUCGAAACCUCCGUUUCCUCUCGAAUGGCUUAGUCUGCUCAUGAUGUUCCUCGUGCUGUAGCUCUGAGGCCAUUGUGACAUCCUUUGUUGUGUUUUUUUAUCCUCUGCAACUUUUUUUCCAUGUCUGCUCUUGGUUUUUUAAGUAGUUCCUCCCGAAUCUCUGAUUUCCCUAGGUCUGAAUAUCAACAGAUGCAUUAAAAAGUUGUGUCAAUCGUAUUCAUUCAAGGAGAAAUCACACAAAUAUGCUGACAAAGGAUUUGUUUUCUCAAGGCUGUGCGUGUGUUCACACAUCCUGUCAAAACUGGCUUGACCGCAGGGGAGAAGUUUAUGAAUAGUUGAGUGUGCUUGUGUGUGUGUGCGUCACAUUGAGACAAUAUAGCAGUCUAAAGGAGAGAUUGUAAGCUCUUUCUUACACAGCAUUGAGAAAGUCAAUAAAAGAUUAUUUUUCUUUGAAAA